CAAAACGUCAGAAAGCGAAGAAAAAGUGCAGAAAGAAAGUUGGCAAAAACUCAUACAGUGUUGAAGAAGAGAAAGUGGAAAAAAGCAAAAGUACCAGUAAAUUUCCGAGAACCAUUGUUUUCCUGCUAGUUAACCAUAUACACAAAACAAAACCAACCAAUUGUAUCCGCUUUAGUUUGCGACGAAGGACAAGAAUUCAGAAUUACUGUUAGUCGGGAGUUCAAAUUGUUACCAGUGGCUACAGUGGACUGUCGUUGCCUUGAACUGCUUCGCGUUCCACCAUUUGUUUUGUCUGUCAAAAAUUGGUACAUAAUUUGUAUAGUCAUAGUGGUCGUCGUCGUCGUGUGCGGAAGAAAAAAGGGCAGCGAAGGGUGUUGGUUAGAUAAGGAACCUUCUGCGGCAGAAUCCAGGAACAACUUUCGCCUCGGGGAGGUCAUGCGGUUGUUUUGUUGAGCUGUAGAAGUGCUGAUUUGGCUGUUAGUCGCACGUUAAGCAGAGCAUAGCUGAUUUUUUCUGAGACGCAGCUCUUCCAACCGAAAAGCUUUCGCGCUGGGUGAGCUAAAUCUAGGUCAGGUAUUGCCGAUUUUGUUAGCACUUUUGGCCAACUUGGAGGAAGCUAGCAGAAUUUGGGCGAAAAUUCGCAAGAAGAUGGACGGUAGUAGUAUUGGGGGUGGUGUUACUGCAGUGGCAGGCGGAAGUGGCAACGGAAAUGGUUCCGAUGGGGCUUCCGGGAGUGGCGGAGCACGCAGCUUGCGUGAUAGUGAGGACAGCGGCGAUGAAAAUGCUUUAGAGCGUUUCAACGGGCGACAAUCGCGGCUGGACUUGCAGCGAAAUGCGUGUGCUCCUAGCGGGAGUGGUCGUAAAAAGUCUUGGUCUGAGCUGAAAUCGAUAGUUAACGAUACUAGACGCCAGAUGUCUUCAUUGGCUAGUAUGUUUCCGAUGAGUGUAAAUUUUCGUACCCUGUCGGAUGGUAGAACACGGGUUUAUUUCCUGAGUUCUCCCCCGUCGAACGGAUGGGAUACGGUGCUUUUUUACACAGAUGUGCCCGCAAGUGAAACGGACAGUUGCGCUCCUAUGCGUCUAGAAUGGCAUCCUGUGCUGGAGCCGAUUGUGUCACCCUUAUCAACGAAUAAUUCCCGAGAGGUUCAGUUACUUUUGGAAAGGAAACGGCUUUCCAUCUGGGGUAUCACUUCAUACGAGCUGCACAAGGCGAGUGGCAAAAUAGUCUUCCCAGCGUGCAAUACGCUAUACCAGUGUUUGGAUACGGGUUAUGGUGAAGGGACAUUAUUCCCUUCGGAACUUCGCAUUUUUCAACGCUCAGCAGCAAUAGAUCCGCAGAUUUGCCCUCAGAAUUCGGAUUUGGUGGCGUAUGUAUGUAAUGGGGAUAUCUGGGUCGUUCACACGGUUAGUGCUCAUAGCGAGCGGCUCACAUUCGCCCAUGAUGGACGCAGAUCGUUUGCUGAGGACCCCCUCACUGCAGGAGUGCCGUCGUAUGUGAUGCAGGAGGAGUUCAGUCGUUAUCAGGGCUUCUGGUGGCAACCCAGCAGCGAUGACGAGAUCUAUCGGAUAGUUUACGAGGAAGUUGAUGAGAGCGACGUUAGCCUGUACACUUUUCCGUCGUCCCAAUCGGUGGGAGGAGAUUACGAGGAGUAUCGCUUUCCGCGAGCCGGAACACCUAACGCAAAAUCGAAACUUAAACUGGUGCAAUUCCGUCUGUCGGAGUCGUUACGAAUCACCGAUGCCUGCAUUAAAGAGCUGCAAUGUCCACUAAACUAUGCCUUCCCGUGGUUGGAGUAUGUGGUUAGAAUUGGAUGGACCCCAGAUUCGAAUUAUGUUUGGGCUCAGCUUGUCGACAGAGUGCAGCAACGGUUGGAUCUGGUGCUGAUUCCGUUGGAUAACUUUUGUGAGCUGUACAGUAGCUCAUCACCAUCUCCAUCAGUGGGCGGUGUCACGACUGUCGGAGAUUCAAAACCAUCUUCAUCCUCCUUCGUUCUAGGGUCUUCCACCAACGAUUACUGGAAGUCACCAUUGGCUCGAUUGACACGCCCCAUGCAGGUGCUAUACUCAGAAACCUCGAACAAUUGGGUGAACGUACAUGACGUGCUGCACUUUCUCGAAAUCACUGACGAUCGGGUUGUGUUCCUGUGGGCGUCGGAAGAAACCGACUAUCGGCAUCUGUACUUGGUAACAUCUAGUCUUGCCACUCAUGGCAUCAGCAUCAACACCACCACUAACGUCAGCAGCAAUGGUUGCAAUAGUAGAAAUAAUCACAACAUCGACAAUAGCAGUCAUAACCACUGCCAUCAUCACAACGAUAGUUCCCCGCAGGCAGAGGGAACUGAUAACAAUCAUCACCACCAUCAAUAUCAUCAACAGCAGCAGCAGCAGCAUCAACAUCAUGCGGCUAGUCGAAGUACUUCCACUCCAACGACGACCGUGUACUUUGACGGGUGCGGAACACUGGAACCUCGCGUUGUGAGUAAGGUAGCAUUAACAUCCGGGGACUGGGAGGUGCUCGGUCGCAACGUGUGGGUAGAUAAGCGAAACCAGCUGGUAUAUUUCAUGGGCCUUCGCCAGACUCCGCUAGAGAAACACCUGUACGUGGUCAGUUUGCUGAAACCAAACUGGCUCCGGUUGCUCACCGUCCCCGGAUACUCGUUCACCGUGGACUUUAACGAUGAUUGUACAAUGUUCCUACAGACGUACUGCAACAUCCAAACACUGCCUUCGUGGGAACUGGUCCAUGUCAAGCAAACUUGCCCAAGCGGAAACGUCGCCGGCCUGGAACUGAUCUCGAUGGGAUACCUGUUCGAGGGUGGCCCCUCGGAAAAUACUCAAUUCAACCCGACCAUUUAUAGUCCCCGGUUGGCGUCCGGGGAAGCCAUCUACGCAAUGGUAUUUAAACCGCACAAUUUCACGCUCGGUGUCAAAUAUCCAACGGUGCUGAACGUUUACGGUGGACCGGAGGUGCAAACUGUGAGCAAUACAUUCAAGGGCAUGAGACAACUACGGAUGCACAUGCUGGCCGCGCAAGGUUAUUGCGUAGUUUGCGUUGAUUCACGAGGAUCGCGCCAUCGUGGGGUUCAAUUCGAAAGUCACAUUCGCUGUCGGAUGGGAACAGUCGAACUGGCUGACCAGGUGGAAGUGCUGAAAUUAUUAGCCGAUCAGUUGGGUUACAUCGACAUGGAUCGCGUAGCGAUUCAUGGUUGGUCUUACGGAGGAUAUCUGAGUCUCAUGGGUUUGGUGCAGUACCCGGAAAUAUUCAAACUGUCCAUUGCGGGCGCACCAGUUACAAGCUGGGAGUAUUACGAUACGGGUUACACUGAGCGGUACAUGGAUCUUCCUGACAAUAAUCGAUCCGGCUAUACGGCUGGUUCGGUUCUAAGCUAUAUCCAUAAAUUUCCCGACGAGGACAACCGCCUGCUAAUCAUCCACGGUCUUAUCGAUGAGAACGUCCACUUCUUCCACACAUCACAGCUGGUGAAUGGUCUGAUCAAAGCAAACAAACCGUACCAGCUGCAGGUCUACCCGAACGAACGCCACUCGCUGCGCAACCUGGAAGCGAGUAAACACUACGAAACGAAACUGCUUUCCUUCCUGCAGAACCAUCUGUGAGACCGCUUCCGCUUGUUUCCUCCCCCUCCCUCAUUUCUCCUUUGCUCAAAUCUCAUGCUUCGCUCUUGUCCUUAUAUAAUCCGUUUCCUAGUUGUCUCCCUGCUGGGAAAGAAAACGCUUGUGUCAUCAUAGCAUAGGUAGAAGUUCGCGCUUGCGUAAACUGUUGAUUAAAACAAAAAAAAAAAAACACACGUACACAUCGCCCCCGGCGAUUACCGGUAAGCAACCUGUUGUUCUGUUUUAUGCUCCCGUUCCGAUCCGGUAUAGAUCGGUUGAAAGGAAAAACUUGCACACCCUCCGCAGUGAGUGUCCCGGAAAAGAAAAACAACACGCAGUCACUAGGUUUAGCUACAGUUAUGCGUUUGAUCUUUUACCGCUAGGAGUUUGUUCAUUUUCAGACUGUUUUUCUCUGUUGCGUUAUUAGAAGAAAGAGAAUACCAAUUAUGUAGUUGCUUUUCUUAGUUGCAAGCAAAGCGUAGUGCAGCAAUAACUGAGAGGCCAAAAACCAAUCGUGUGACCCCAUAGUAAUGCUUGUAUACUCCUCUGCCCAAUUGUGAAUUGUAUAACAUCACACUUAUAGACUGUUAGUGACCGCAUCCCUAGUGGGUGCGUGUAUUGAAUAAGAUGAAUAUAGCUAUUUUAACGAGUUUUUUGUUUACACUAGCAGCAAUGGAUUGUUUGUUUGUUCUUUUUAUUGACGAUUUUAAAUUUUUACGUUAGUUGAAAGUCAAUCAGAACCGAGGUGAUAAAUGUUUGUCGUUUGAUAAUUUUCGUACUGAUAUAAUAUAUUUUUCUAUCGAUGAAACGACAAAGUGUUUGUAGGAGAUGAAAAACAAAAAAAAACUGGUAGCAGAAAAGAGAGCCUUACCCAGGUUGGUGCAAGAUUGAAACCUUUCUGCCGAGAUCGAUAGAGCAAAAUAAUAUAUAUAUUUAUUGUAUGCACAAAACUGUCUUCGCUGCGAAUGAUCGAAUUGUUUCUCUUCAUGCCGAACGAAUUUAACUUUUUUUUUGUAUUCUAGUAUGCUAUCAGAAUCGUUAUUAUUUCUUAUCGAAUGAUUUUUUUUGUCUGUACACACAAGUACUGAAAACGAUUAAAAAUGGUAAUUGCAAUUGAUUCACUUCUCGACAUGUAUUUCGUAUGGAAAUCAUAAGUUUCACUAGAUGGUAAGGAAUUGAAGCACCUAAUCCCGCUGAAGUGACCCGGCGUUUGUUUCUGACGUUGAGUUACCUAUACCAAACUGAGCAAAGGUGAAUGCCGCUUACUGGCCCAGACAAUGAACGGUCAAAAUCGUCUUAUUCAGUAUUCAAGUAAAAAGAUGUAUGAUUUUUUUACUUACAAUACAACACCGAAAACCCCAACAUUAAACGGUUUAAUGCUCAUGAAACAGAAAUAAUCGGGCAAAUCCUGAUUAGAGAAACGGGAAUUUCCCUAUACAUAUUCCUAUUUCAAACACAUUCACACCCUUUACAUUUUGUAGUAACAACAAAAUUGCUUCGAUCUUUCUGGCAUCGCUGUUAUGUUAUGGGGAUGUUUUUUUUCAUAGCAAGCGCUGGCAUUGUGGUGAUUUUUUCACAAUUUCCGUUUCGUAUUUGACUUUAGCUGGCGUUACCUUACAGUAUACUGAAAAAAAAAAAAAAUCAAUUGAAGCUGAAUAUUUCCGAAAAAAGCAAGCAGCUAUUUCAAGUUUCAAAAAUUUCGCAAAUCUGAAUGUGUAUAGCGAAGUAAUAACAGUGCCUCGAAACCUUUGAACGUAGAAAUGUAUUCCACGGGGUCGUCUGAGUGGACGAGCUCUAGGCAUGGUGUUGAAAAAACCGGUAACAAUUUCCGUUCGAAUUCAGUCUGCUACAACGGAUGCAGGAUGUGAACAUAUUCCAUCCGAGGUUUACGUGGAUUAGGAGGUGUAUGACCAGCAAAAGUACGACAUUGACGACUCAGAUUUUUCUCUCGAAGCGAACGAUAACACGAAUGAAGACCUGUACGUUAUGAGUGAUACAUCCGUUCUGACCAAACCCGUUGGCACACGUUUGUCCUACCUGUGAGAACACCUCAAAGUUUGCUUCCUUCGGCUAACCGGAACUUUUGCUCGUCUGAUGAACAGUUGCUGCGAACCUGAGACUGCGAACGAUUCUUCAUCACAGCAACCGUUGACAUAACAUUUUUUUCACAAAUUUUAAGAUGUGAAGAAUCACCUAGAAAAAUCUAUUGUUCCGGAGAUGUGACUGAUGCAGCUUUGGACAGAUAAAAUUAGCCUUCAAUACCUUCACCGGGUUCCUACAUGACGACAUGAUAAAUGGCUGCUAUCUGUGCUACUUCCAUGUUCGGAGAAAUUCUCAAAGGUGCGAAUCCAGAGAUCUCAACAAUUUCCCUGAACACGGCGUCGUACUGCUUCAAAUUGUUACGAAGAAUCUUAUCUUGUGAGACAAAUCCAACUACUGGCAUGACAAGAAUAAUUGGAGUAUCUUAGC